AUGUCUAUUUCUUCUUCAUCGUCAUCUUCAAGAACUCUGAAAAUAGGUAUAGUGGGCUUUGGCUCCUUUGCACAGUUCCUGGCAAAGACCAUGAUCAAACAAGGGCAUGCUUUACGAGCAACUUCUCGUUCCGAUCACUCUUUGCUCUGCCAAGAUCUGGGCAUCUCAUUCUUCAGGGACAUAGGCGCAUUUCUUGAAGCAGAUAAUGAUGUCGUUUUGAUCUGCACAUCAAUCCUAUCCCUAUCAGAGGUUCUCAAUUCAAUGCCACUACAUUGUCUGAAACGGCCAACUCUCUUUGUGGAUGUUCUCUCGGUCAAAAUGUACCCUAAAGAUAUUCUAUUGAAAGUACUGCCAGAGGAAUCAGAUGUGUUGUGCACUCAUCCGAUGUUCGGGCCGGAGAGUGGAAAAAAUGGAUGGAAAGAUCUUGCUUUUGUCUAUGAAAGAGUUCGAAUAAAGGACGAAGCUACGAGUUCAAGUUUUCUACGGAUUUGUGAAAGUGAGGGUUGUAGAAUGUUGGAAAUGUCUUGUGAAGAACAUGAUAGGGUAGCUGCAAGGAGUCAAUUUCUUACUCACACAAUUGGCAGGAUUUUAUCAGAAAUGGAGGUCAAGCCCACGUCUAUGGACACAAAAGGUUUUGAAACACUGAUUCAUUUGGUACGCUCAAUUGCUUAA